CUGGCAAGUAGCAGCACAUGCAGAGGACAACGGCCCUGGUCCCGGUCCUGUAUGCCUUCGCUUUGAUGCUUCUGUUCUCUCGGCUGGCGCUCUUGGCCGGCGGCCGGUUCUGUGCUCCGACUCCGUGCGCACCGACGGAAACGACCCAAGGUGGGCCCGGGCGGGGGACGGUUGUGGGCGUGGGUGCGGCGGCGGCGCUGGUCAGGGAGCUGGCCUGUCGAGAAGAUGCUCACUGCUUCGCCCGUCUUUCACACUCUCUGACGACCUUCCCGGCGGUUCCAGACACGAGCGAGGUGCAACAAAGCUGCGCUUUGUCGGUCAGAGCCAGAGAGGGCAGCGGCACGGCGGGUGGGGGAGCUCCAUCUCUCGCCCAAUCCGUCUGCCCGUGCCGUCCAGCCAGCCCGUCGCUGUGGGUCAGGCGUGCUCAUGGACUGCAGCCGUGGUUCAAAUGGCUGUCAAUGUGGGGGAACCCUGGAAAGCCAGAGCACAGUCACGCAGCACGGGCCACCAGCCCAGCAAAUCUCACACGGUUAUUGGCUUACGCCUCGUGAUUUUGAUUUGCGCCCAUCUCGCGCCGCCCUCACUCGUCCAGCUCAU